ACGAGGUAUUUGAGCACUUCGCAGUUGUGAGCCCACGGGGCAGACACGGAGGGCAGCCUGUCCCCCGCAGGAGCGGCUGGCAGCGAGGGAGCGGAGCCAGCGCGAUCCCCCGGGGGCACGGCUGCCUUCCUCCCUCCACUUUUAGGGGCUAUUUGAUCCAGUUUUGGAAGGACAAUGGAGCCCUGGCCCAGGCUGCCCGGGGAGAGUGUGGAGGCUCCUUCUCUGGAGGGCUUCAAAACCCACCUGGACACGUUCCUGUGUGACCUGAUCUAGGUUUGCAAGGUAGUGCCUGAGUCUGUCCUCAGUUUCUCCUCCCAGGCCCGGGUGAGAGGAAGAUGAAGGUCUUGCUGCUGCUGGCAGUGCUGCUCACUUGCAGUGUGUUCACAGCUCGUGGGAAGUUCCCACGCAAGUAUGCACCAGGACUCGAGGGGAGCACCGUAGGAAACCUGACGGCCCACGGCUGCCCUCCACUGUGGGGCAGCAGCGGCGCAUCAAGGGCUUCAAUGGACCGGGACUGGGACCUGGUGCCAGCGAGGUGCCUGCAGAUGCGAGCGGGCAGCCCGGCUCUGCAGGAUGCGCAGCCAGGCGCUGCUCCGGCGGCGCAGCAGGUGCUGGGGACGAGCUGGGAGGUGUUGAAGCACAAAGGCUUUCUGCAAAACCACCUCCAGGCUGAGAAGCGAAAGGACGGGGCAGUGCCGGGAGCGUUUCCCAACCCUGGCGGGUCUCCUCCACGGGGCUUUUUUGGCUUCGGCGUGAGGACAACAAUCUUGUCGUGAAGUUGCAUCAUCAUACACUGGAUCCGAGGAGGGAGAGCAGCACAGAUGCAAAGUUUCAGCACAGAAAAACAAGGGAGGGGUGGACACCUGCGCCUGGGCGCUGCGAAGGGCGAGAUGGGAACCAGCACGAGCCUCUCUGCUGAUGCUCAUUUCCCCUUGGCUCCAGCUCCCCCCACAGCCCAUCAGCUCCCUCUGCUUUUUGCUUCGCUGCAGAUUCUCUUCUGUUGCUCCAUAAUAAAAGCAGAGAGUGUAAAACA